CUUCGUUAGAAUUUUAAAAUGAUUUCAACAAGAAUGCUUAAGGUUUUUUGGAGAAGAAAAAUACCUUUAUUUACUGUUAAACAGCAGCAUUUGCGCUAUGCUCAUCUCUCUGACCAAAAUAAAUAUAAAGGACGGGUGCUGUUAAAGAAAAUUAUUUUAGGCUCACUUUUUUUAUUAAGCGCCGGAUAUGGUGCAGCUGUUAUUAUAUCACAAAACGAUCCCAAAUUUAAAAAGAAAUUUCGCGAGUUGGCUCCUGGCGCUGAUUUAUUGCUAAGCAUGUUUUCUGAAGCACGCGAUGGAUUUAUAAAAGGAAAAAAUUACUCUUCUGAAUUUGAAAAAGAUAUAUCUGACCCUCAAAAAACUGAAAUUUAUGAUGAUGAAAGAAAAGUUUUUGGUGGUGGCAAUAAAGCUAUUGAACCGCCGUAUACUCCGCAAGCAUGCGAAAGGCCAGGAGAAGACAAGUCUAUAAAUGAUCUAAAUGAAGAAAAUAAAGAUUCUCAAAAUGAAGAGAAUGACUCGGAGUUUAAUAAGAGCGAGCAACUUAAAGAAGAUCAUGAGGAAAAUACUCAAUUUGAAAGUAAAACUGAUUCCGAUUAUAAUGAAAGCAACCAAAAUGACGAACUGGAAAUUAACGAAGUCAAGAAAAUGGAAGAGUGCAGCUCAGCGGACAGCAGUGAAGGGGAGGUUGGUUCAGGUGACACUUUUGAGCAAGUAAAAAGCGAAGAAUCCCGUAAGCUUAACGGUCUAGCAGAGUAUGAAAAGGAACUAGAUUUUCUUACAAGACAAACAGAAACGCUUAAUCAAGAACAGGACACGUUAUCUUGCUUGUCGAAAUCCUACGAACUUCAAACUGCUGAGGUUGUGCGCACUGCAGUAAAUAGAGCUGUUGAGAAUGCAAGAGAAAAAUAUGAAAAUGAACUCGAGAAGAUGAAAGCACUUGCUCAAGAAGACAAAGAAAGAGAAUUGGCUGUAAUGCGCUUGAAAUAUAAUGAAGAGAUUGUUUAUAUACAGAGACAUCUAAAAAAACUUUAUGAAAAGUAUUAUAAACAAAAGAUAGAGGAAGAAAAAGCUGAAGUUCUACAAGCGGCUGAAGCGCAAUGUUCUGCGAAUCUUCAAAAAGAGCGUACUGAGCACCUCCAUGUCCUAAAUGAGCUGCGUUCGGCUUUUGAAGAGUUGGAAGCGUCCCUUCAAAAACAUGUGGACGCUACGCGUCGGUAUUCAACGUCCUCAGCGAUGCACUUCGUUAUAUACACUAUUGCGGAUUCGCUUGAGCAUGGGAAGCCCUUUGAGAUAACCAAGAGGGCCUUGGCAGAAAAAUUUAGAUAUGCAAGCCCCCUUUUGCAAACGUCUCUAUCCUGUUUUCCUGAGGAACUCUUUAGGAAUGAAGUUUCAUCCUUUCCGGAACUUGUUAAACGGUUCUCACAAGUCCAAAAAGAAGUACGAAGAGCAUGUUUCCUUCCAGAAGAUGGUGGAGGAUUCGGCACUUACUUGCUCGCUUCCCUUUUAACGAAUUUACCUCUCAACGCUCAGCUACAGCUAUGUCGCUUAUUAAAGAGCGAUGGUUUAUCUCAUGCUACUGACACCCACAACAUUCUCGAAAAAGCUAAACAACACUUGUGGCACGGCCAAUUAUACGAGGCCACUGCGGAGGUCAACCAAUUGCGAGGAUGGCCGAGGUUAUACGCUAAAAAAUGGCUAAAGGAUGCCAGAGUGCACCUUGAAACUAAAGAGGUGCUAACCAUCUUAAAAAGCGAAGUUUAGCGUGUUA